CAGAGGCGAGAGAAUGAUGAAGAGGUGAAAGUGUCCACAGAGAGAGAGAGAGAGAGAGAGAGACUCCCUGGAUCCAAAAAGUUUCCUUCCAUUUCUCUUACAUUCUUUGCUGCCAAACAGGAACGCUUCUAAUGUCUUUUCAGCAAUUAUCUUUAACUUUUUAGUCUCUCUCUUUCUCCUUAAAACUCUCCUCCACGACCCAAGAAAGUGAGAGUAAAACGAAGUACUAAGCCUUGGCUUAGCUCCACAUAGAGAGGAAGAUUAUCCAUUUCCAUUGCUUCUUCUUUUUCUGGGUUUUCUCUUGUGAUUUAUAGAAAUUGAAGUUUAGCCAGAAUGGGAGCUCGGUGCUCCAACUUAUCACACUGCUGGUGGCCAUCCAAUCAUCUCAAAUCCCACCUCACCGACUUCUCCGAUCUCGAGAAUGGGGACUUGCUACCUGGGUUUAGAGAGUUCAGCUUGCAGCAGCUACGAGCUGCCACGUCAGGGUUUAGCACGGACAAUAUAGUAUCGGAGCAUGGCGAGAAAGCUCCCAAUGUGGUUUAUAGAGGCAGACUUAAAGAUGAUGAUCUCUGGAUCGCCGUUAAGCGCUUCAACAAGUCCGCUUGGCCGGAUUCUCGCCAGUUCCUCGAGGAGGCGAGAGCUGUAGGGCAGUUGAGAAAUGAGAGAUUGGCGAAUUUGAUUGGGUGUUGCUGUGAAGGCGAGGAGAGAUUGCUGGUAGCUGAGUUCAUGCCUAAUGAAACACUAUCUAGACAUCUUUUUCAUUGGGAAAACCAGCCCAUGAAAUGGGAAAUGAGAUUGAGAGUGGCUUUCUAUCUGGCUCAAGCUUUGGAAUACUGCAGCAGUAAAGGAAGGGCCUUGUAUCAUGAUCUUAAUGCGUAUAGAAUUUUGUUUGACCAGGAUGGCAAUCCAAGGCUCUCCUGCUUCGGCCUAACGAAAAAUAGCAGAGAUGGCAAGAGCUAUAGUACAAACUUGGCAUUCACCCCUCCUGAGUACUUGAGGACUGGAAGAGUUAUUCCAGAAAGUGUGGUUUACAGCUUUGGGACACUUUUGCUUGAUCUUCUUAGCGGCAAACACAUACCUCCAAGCCAUGCACUUGACCUCAUACGUGGAAAAAACUUUUUGAUGCUGAUGGACUCAUGUUUGGAGGGUCAUUUUUCAAAUGAUGAUGGAACUGAACUAGUGCGGUUAGCUUCACGUUGUUUACAGUACGAACCUCGUGAGAGGCCAAAUGCAAAGACUCUUGUCACUGCUCUAACUCCUCUUCAGAAAGAAACUGAGGUUCCAUCCUACGUUUUGAUGGGUAUGCCACAUGGUGCCCUGUCCCCAAAGCAAACAAUGACAUUGACAUGUCUAGGUGAAGCUUGCUCAAGAUUGGAUCUGACUGCGAUACAUGAGAUACUGGAGAAGGUGGGAUAUAAAGAUGAUGAGGGAAUAGCAAAUGAGCUUUCCUUCCAAAUGUGGACUAAUCAAAUACAGGAAACACUCAAUUGUAAGAAGCGUGGCGAUGCUGCUUUUCGAAUGAAGGACUUUGCUACUGCCAUUGAUUGUUACACACAGUUCAUUGAUGGUGGGACAAUGGUAUCACCAACAGUGUUAGCGAGACGCUGCUUAUGCUACUUGAUAAGUGACAUGCCACAACAAGCGCUUGGAGAUGCAAUGCAAGCUCAGGCAGUUUCUCCUGAGUGGGCCACUGCCUUCUAUCUCCAAGCUGCUGCCCUCUUUAGCCUUGGUAUGGACAGUGAUGCACAGGAAACUCUAAAAGAUGGCACAUCACUGGAAGCCCAAAAACAUAGAAAAUAAAGGUGUAUAGUUCUUCCCAAAAAAGAGUUAAAAAAAAAUAUAUAUAUUCAUACGUUUAUAUACUCCUUGUAUCCUCUUUGUUCAUUUAAACUAAUGCUUUAUGGAUACGCUUUUUAUAUCGUAUUGAUCCUGAUUCUGGAGGAACUCCUCCAGCUUUUCACAA